ACAAGGCUUUUGUGAUUUAGGUGCUAGUGUGAGUCUUAUGCCCUACUCGGUUUGCAAGAGAUUGAACCUAGGAGACCUUAAACCUACUCACAUCUCCCUUCAAUUGGCCGAUAGAUCGGUAAAAAUGCCUAUUGGAAAGCUUGAAGAUGUCCCUCUUAGGGUUGGGAAGUUCUACAUUCCCGUUGACUUUGUUGUCUUAGAAAUGGAAGAAGACCCUAAUGUGCCAAUAAUUUUGGGUAGACCAUUUCUAGCUACGGCGGGGGCUAUCAUUGAUGUGAAAAAUGGCAAGCUAACUUUUGAGGUAGGUGAUGAACAUGUAGCUUUUAGCUUCACUCAAAUUAUGAAAUGCCCUUCUUAUAUGGACGAUUGCAUGCGAAUUGAUAUACUUGAACAUGUUAUCCAUGAAAGUAGGAACAUGCAUUUGCAUAAUACUCAUGAUCCUCUUGAGUUUGCUUUGUUGAAUGUCAAAGACUAUGAUGAAGAACAUGUGUUACAUAUGGUUCAAGCUUUGGAUGUGAUGGAACAUAAGAGUUUGAAUACUCAAUGUGAAGACUUGGAGAAUGAAUCCACCAAGGAGGUACAUAAACUUGAUCUUAAACCCCUUCCCUCAUCUCUCAAAUAUGUGUUCUUAGAUGAAUCUAGUCCGGUUAUUGUUAAUGCUAACCUCAAUGAUGAUCAACUCUCAAAACUCCUCACGGUUUUAAGAGCUCACAAAAAAUCCAUUGGGUAUAGCAUUGAUGAUCUAAAAGGGAUAGCCCGGACUUUUGCAUGCAUCGCAUUGCCUUGAGGAGGGUCACAAGCCUUCUAUUGAGGCUCAACGAAGGUUGAACCCCAAUAUGAAGGAAGUGGUGAAGAAAGAGGUAAUGAAACUAUUUGAUGCGGGGAUCAUUUACCCCAUUUCGGAUAGUAAAUGGGUUUCCCCGGUUCAAGUAGUUCCUAAGAAAGGUGGAACAACGGUUGUUAAAAAUGAUUCCAAUGAGUUGAUUCCAACCCGAGUUGUUACCGGGUGGCGUAUGUGCAUUGACUAUAGGAGACUAAAUACCGCCACCCGGAAAGACCACUUUCCUCUUCCCUUCAUAGAUCAAAUGUUGGAACGUUUAGCCAAGCACAAAAUUCUUUUGCUACCUUGAUGGAUACUC